AAUAUUUACAGAAAAAGGAAGAAGAAGAACAGACCCUGGACUGGGGGUGGAAUGGGGCCUGCUCCACCUCUGCCUAUACCGCCCCCGUGACCCCCUUCGUGUUGCCUGGCGCCUUCCUGCUGUUCUCGCGCCAGGAAUACAUUGGCCGCAUCUCGACCGAGUACAGCGAGGGGAGCGGAAUCACGACGACGAGCGAUACCCUUCAAGGAUGUGGGCGAUGCGCACGCCCUGGACGUGUCGGUGGCGGAGCGGUGCAUCUACUGGGCUGACCAGAAGACCAAGUGCAUCUUCCGGGCCUUUCUCAAUGGCUCCUAUGUGCAGCGGAUCGUGGACUUGGGUCUGAUUGGGCCGGACGGCACCGCUGUCGACUGGCUGGGCAGCAACAUCUGGUCCAAUGCGGAGGCUGGUCUCAUCGUGGUCGCCCUCCUGGAUGGCAGCAGUCGGCGCGUACUCUUGUGGAAGAAGGUGGAGAAGCCACGUACCCUGGUCUUCGAGCCGCGUCGCGGCUACAUCUACUGGACAGAGUGGCCCUCGGAUUCCAUACGCCGCGCCACGAUGAACGGAUCCGAGCUGCAACCAUGGCCGGGAGCUCAUAUUCGACCAGGAGACGAGACGCCUCUACUGGAUGGCAAGAAGCGUCGGAUACUGGUUGCCAGCUAGGACUACGUGUACUGGAGCGACUGGAGCACCGCGGACAUUUAUCAAGACGGGCCAGCCGCAGCCUCGCCAAGAACGUGCCCUGCAUCCCCCCCAGCUACGACAGACUGCCCAAAUGUGCGGCUGCCGGUGUCCUGGCAUGUCCAUGAAGGCGAGGCGUCUGCUCUUCUCGACAGAUGUCGGCAGUCAUCAGGCCAUCAUUCGGGCCCGACUCGAUGGCAAUGAGCGUGUGGACCUGGAAGGAGUCACGGCUCUGGCCUUAGACCAACAGUCCGAUAUCCCAUGCGUAUCGAUGUUAUAAAAAACCCUUGCUUCCAUGCAUAUCCCGCAGGUGAACAACAUUGUCGCCUUGGGGGAUUUUUAUACUGGCUGGACGAUAAGACCGGAGUGGAACGGAUCACUGUCAACGAAGAGCGUCGUUCCGCGGAGCUGCAGCGUAUGCCGCAGAUCACCGACAUCAGUGCCGUGUGGACACCGGAUGCGAAAGUGCGGCGCAAUCACACGUGUCUGCACAGCCGCACAAAGUGUUUCCACAUCUGCAUAGCCAGCGGGGAGGGUGUGGCACGCAGCACGCGCGACGUCUGCUCUCGCGGCGCGCAUCCGGCCUGUGGGCCAGAUCAUUUCACUUGCGCGGCCCCAGUGACGGGGAAUGGUAACAUGAAUAAGGACCUAACCUAACCUAAGGACUGCGUACCCGCCUACUGGCGCUGUGACGGACAAAAGGACUGCCUGGACAA